GAAGAGGAGGACGCGGAAUGAAUGAUAUGAACCAGGAAGUGAUGUCACUAAUAUGGAGCGAAGACCUGAGAGUGCAAGAGGUGCGCAGACUUCUGCAGAGUGCUCACCCUGUCCGUGUCAAUGUAGUUCAGAUGCCAGAAGUCAGUGACCACGAAUAUAUAGAAGAAAAAGAAAACCGGCUGCUGCAGUUGUGUCAGCGGACGAUGGCUCUCCCUUUGGGAAGAGGAAUGUUCACUCUGUUCUCGUAUCAUCCAGUUCCAACAGAACCGUUGCCUAUUCCCAAAUUAAACCUGACAGGCCGGGCUCCUCCUAGGAAUACCACAGUGGACCUCAACAGUGGGAACAUAGAUGUGCCUCCGAACAUGGCUUGCUGGGCCAACUUCCACAAUGGCGUUGCUGCUGGACUGAAGAUCGCGCCUGCUUCUCAGAUAGAUUCUGCAUGGAUCGUCUACAACAAACCCAAAAAUGCCGAACUAGCCAAUGAAUAUGCAGGCUUCCUCAUGGCCUUGGGUUUGAACGGCCACCUCACAAAGCUCGCCACACUCAACAUCCAUGACUACCUGACAAAGGGCCACGAAAUGACGAGCAUCGGGCUGCUGCUUGGGGUCUCAGCCGCCAAGCUGGGCACCAUGGACAUGUCCAUCACUCGCCUGCUCAGCAUCCACAUCCCUGCUCUUCUCCCGCCCACUUCCACCGAACUGGAUGUGCCUCACAAUGUACAAGUGGCAGCCGUGAUAGGGAUUGGCUUGGUCUACCAAGGCACGGCUCACAGGCACACGGCCGAGGUUCUGCUGUCGGAAAUAGGGCGCCCCCCAGGCCCUGAAAUGGAGUAUUGCACCGACAGAGAGUCCUAUUCGCUAGCUGCUGGCUUAGCUUUGGGCAUGGUUUGCCUUGGGCACGGCAGCAACUUGAUAGGCAUGUCGGACCUCAACGUGCCUGAGCAGCUUUACCAGUAUAUGGUUGGCGGCCACCGGCGGUUUCAAGCUGGAAUGCACCGUGAAAAGCACAAGUCUCCAAGCUACCAGAUUAAGGAAGGAGACACCAUAAAUGUGGACGUGACGUGUCCAGGCGCGACUCUGGCGCUAGCGAUGAUCUACCUAAAGACUAACAACAGGUCCAUUGCUGACUGGCUUCGAGCUCCGGACACCAUGUAUUUGUUGGACUUCGUGAAACCAGAAUUUCUAUUGUUAAGGACGCUUGCUCGGUGCUUGAUUUUGUGGGAUGACAUUCUGCCCAGUUCUAAGUGGAUUGACAGCAAUGUGCCACAAAUUGUGAGAGAGAACAGCGUAUCCCUUCAUGCGACUGAAAUGCCUUCUUCCGAGGACCUGAAUUUGGAGACUCUGGCGCAGGCUCAUGUCUACAUCAUCGCUGGUGCCUGUUUGUCUUUGGGUUUUCGGUUUGCCGGUUCAGAAAACCUAGCUGCCUUUAACUGCUUGUACACAUUUGCAAAAGAUUUCAUGAAGUGUUUGUCCUCGGCUACGGCUUCCAUAGCAGGCCACUACAACCUGGAGACUUGCCUGAGCGUGGUGCUGAUGUCCCUUGCGAUGGUGAUGGCGGGAUCGGGAAACCUGAAGGUCCUCCAGCUCUGCCGCUUCAUGCACAAGAAGACUGGUGGGGAGAUGAACUACGGGUUUCCACAUGGCGCAUCAUAUGGCUCUCGGCUCCUCUUUUUGGGAGGGGGAAGGUAA